GUGUGUUCAGGAGAAAACACAGCCUCGAAGUGUGUGCUCCUGUGUGUAUUUUGGAGGAGCGGAGUGCAUGUUUGCUCCCAAGAGGAAAGAUUCAUAAUGACUUGGAGAAUUUGGGAAAUCUAAGGGAUUUUUUCUCCAGGCUUUGGCAGGAAUACUUUUUGGAAUACUCUGGAUAUGUGACCUGCUCAGGAAAUCUUGUUUCUUCCCUUAAAACCUGCACCUCACUUUUUUUUUAAAAACUCAGCCUCAUUCACUCUAAUUUCUGUUGAAGGGGAGCCAAGCCACAAUGCCUACCGACGAUUAUAACUACCUGCCUGAUGCGUUGCCUCCUCUUCCUGAAGUCCCGGACUCUGGCUCAGUCCUGAGCUCCGCUGACAUACCGGCCCGCUGCCUCCGCAAUCCGGCCUUCCGCUAUACCUCCUUGCGCUACUGCUCCGCCCUCAGCAUGGACUCCUCUCCCGACAGCGCCGAAAGGCCAAUCAGCUACAGCUCCACCUCUUCCUCCGCUUCCUCCCGAGACAGUCACUGCUCGCUGGGCAGCCGCUCCACCCUCGUCCCCGCCCCUCACUGUAACGCAGGGACCUCAGACCAGGACUCCGGGGCGAUUCGGUUGGAACUGGUCCCAGCCCGGCAGCUGGGAUGCCGGGAGGACGAUGAGAGAAAUGAUGGAAGGAUGGACACAGGGAGGGGACAAGGAAGACAGGGCAGUGGACAGACUCUAAUAGAACAUUCAGAGCCUGAGCUGGCCCCAGAUGGAGGAGAGCGGGCAGGUCAGGUGCAAGGACCCAGGACGUAUGUGGACCGGGUGGUGCAGGAGAUACUGGACACCGAGAGAACCUAUGUCCAGGACCUGCGUAGCAUUGUAGAAGACUACUUGGAGUGUAUCAGUAAUCAGUCUCGGCUGGCCCUGGGCUCUGAGGAUAAAGGCUCUCUGUUCGGCAACAUCCAGGACAUCUACCACUUUAACAGGGACCUUCUUCAUGAUCUUGAGAAGUGCAACGCUGACCCUGUGGCCAUCGCAGAGUGCUUCGUAUCCAAGAGUGAGGAAUUCCACAUUUAUACUCAAUACUGCACCAACUACCCACGGUCGGUUGCUGUGCUAACAGAGUGUAUGAGGAACAAGGCGUUGGCCAAGUUUUUCCGCGAGCGCCAGGAAUCUCUGAGGCACUCCUUGCCCCUGGGCUCCUACCUGCUCAAGCCAGUGCAGAGGAUUCUUAAGUACCACCUACUGCUGCAUGAGAUAGCCAACCGCAUGGAGAAGGACACCGAGACUUACGAGGUUGUGCAUGAAGCCAUAGACACCAUGCAGAGAGUGGCCUGGCACAUCAACGACAUGAAGAGGAAACACGAGCACGCCGUUAGGUUGCAGGAAAUCCAGAGCCUGCUGACCAACUGGAAGGGCCCUGACCUGAUCGGCUACGGAGAGCUGGUUCUUGAAGGAACGUUUCGUCUGCAGCGAGCCAAAAACGAGAGAACUCUCUUUUUGUUUGACAAGCUUUUGCUCAUUACCAAGAAACGAGAAGAAACCUACACGUACAAGGCUCACAUACUGUGCUGUAACCUGAUGCUGGUGGAAGUUAUUCCUAAAGAACCACUGAGUUUCACUGUGUUUCACUACAAGAAUCCCAAACUUCAGCACACUGUCCAGGCCAAAUCACAGCAAGACAAGCGCAUGUGGAUCUUACACCUCAAAAGACUCAUACUUGAAAACCACCCUGCCAAAAUCCCUGCCAAGGCUAAGCAAGCAAUUUUGGAGAUGGAUGCAAUGCAUCAUCCCGGGUUUCAUUACAGCCCUGAUGGAGACAAGAAGGAUUCCCCUCAGACCAAGGAGGGUCCUACCCCUCGUAGAGGGCGCAGGAAAGAACCUCUAUCCAAAUUACUGAAGAAUGCCAAGCAAAAUGCAGCCAACACAGAUGGCGAAAAGCGAACAAGUCUGGGUGCCACCCUGCUCUCCCCAGUGUCCCAGCUGGCUUUGGGCACUAUCGGUCGCAGCCGCAGCCUCAUCAACCAAUCACAGGAGUCCCUGGACCCAGGCGAUCACUAUGACCACAGUGACAGAGAAGAAGAGCCACAUCAGCAAGACGCUGACGAUGAAGAUGACAGUGGGCUGGGAGGCGGAAAGCGACUCCGAGUCCCUGGCAAAAGCAGCAGGAAGAGGCUGAACCCUCAGGCAUCUGUCGAUAGUAUAGAACAGUGGAAAACCUUCAACAUGAGCCCUUCAGACCUACAGAGAGCCAGAGAAUCCCUAGUUAGGGAAGGAAGUCACCACCCGCCACUUCUCAGGUCACCUCGCGUGACAGAAGAACCUCCAGACUCCCCCAUUCCUUCUGUAAUAGUCACAGAAAGUGACCAUUCUGUGAGGAACAUCUGGGCAGACCACCGUGCUCGCAGGGCCAUGUUCCCCACACGCCAGCGAACCAUGCAGCCUGAUGACGAGGACGAGGACAUUUACCAGAUGUUUGUCCCCACUGAGCCAAGUGGGGCAGAACCAGAGGUUUCCUCGGAGAGGUCAGAGGCCACCUCGUCGCCCAAGACAGCUCGGCCCUGCAGCUGGCACGUUGAACAGGUGCCCAUUGUGCAGAUUGACCCUCCACCCACUGGGAGCAGAAUGCUGAGGAGGGCGAGCAGCGCAGGGGAGAAGGCUACGGAGGCCCGACAGACUCCUGAUGAUGAGGAGUCUGGUCACAGCAACUUGGAAGUGAUCCACACUGAAUCAUCCAGCAAUGACAUAUCUGGAUCGUCCUCAGCCGAACAGCUAACAAUAGAUGAUAUUGAAAAUGUGUAUGACAACAUCAGCUAUGAGGAUCUAAAGAGCAUGGGCCUCAUCAGAAGAGACCCUGAGGAAAGCCAGUCACGGAAAGAAACGUCUACUAAUGCACAGGGUUCCCAGGGCCUGUCAGCAAGGGUACCACAUGCUCCAGAGGUUCCAGGGGUCAGAGAGCCUAUGAUUGAACCAGAGAGUUCCUCAGAAAGCAACAGGUCCUCCACACAGGAAGGGAGGCCAUUUGGAACAUGUGAGCUCAAAAUAGUAGAGGAGAACAUCUAUGACACUAUCUGUUUCAGGGAUCCUCCAUCAACAGAGGCUAAAGGAAUGAAUGAAGGCAACAAACUAAAACAAGAGAGGGACAGUCUGCUGGCCUCUGAACAAGACCUGACUGAAAGCCUUAGAGGGUUUGUAUCCGAGGAGAGCCUCCACUUUGGAGAGGAUGAAGGACCAGACACCAACCACCCUGUCUCGUGUUCGUUUGAGCCAGAUUAUUCCUCCUCAUCGGCCUCUGAGACCUUCUCUCAGCGUUCACAGAAAGGGGAUAAGAUGUCAGAGCAGGUCGAUGAGAUCUGGAACGACCUGGAAAACUAUAUCAAGAGCAAUGAGAAGAAAGCUGAUAGACUCCCGGCUGCCUUCCCUGUUAGUGCCAGUGAGUCGCCUAAGAAGGCCUCCCCAGUCAAAAACAGCCCUACAAAGAGCACCACAGCAAUUAGUCCUCAAGCAGCCAAGAGUCCCCCAACGCAUCAGGCUAAACCCUCACCUGCCACCUCCACACUGUCAUUCACCAUCCCAGUCAUCAACCUCCCUGACCCUCAAAUUGAAGGCGCAGAAGAAAACCAAGACUGUGCUCCUACAUCACGCCCCCUUCCUGACACACCAGAGCCCCUCCCAGGCACAGUGAAGAACAUUCGUAAAAGACUAGCUCGCCUCAGCAGCGGCAGCUUCCGCCUAGAGGACGAUGACCUGGUGGAGCUUCCUCAAAGAAACACCCCUCAGAGGGAUAACCCCCUUAAGGACCUUCAUAGCUUGUUUCCACGGGAGCUGGCUGGUCUGGACUCCCCCCUGGCCUCCUCCUCUCUCUUGCUGGGUGAGUCUGUUGACUUUCCCCUAGACCUGAUGGAUAAAUCAAAGAGCCGGGUGUUCUUGAUGGCACGGCAGUAUAGCCAGAAGAUCAAGAAAGCCAACCAGCUGCUGCGAAUGAGGAGCAUGGACCCUGGAGACUCUUGUAGUCGGGCCAGACCUGAGAAGAAGCAGAAAGACCUGGCAGCCAUCUUAGAAGAAAAGAAACAAGGAGGCGCUGCCAUAGGUGCAAGGAUAGCAGAGUACUCCCAGCUCUAUGACCAGGUAAUGUUUAAGGAUCCUCCCGGUCCAGCUGGUCAGAACUCAGCCACCCCACAUCACAGCCAUCCAGGGCUGUCAUCUUCUCCGUCCAUGCCUGAGACCUCCCUGGAGGAUUACUGGCUCCACUCUACUUACAGCAACGGAGAGCUGGCCAGCUUUGUCUCCUCAUCCAGUGAGGUGGAAGAUGCUCAGGCGCCUUCUACCCCGCACAGACUUACCUCCUCCUGCUCCAUCCCUUCUUUCCAGACCUUUCCUCCUUCUCCAAUCAGCCCCCCGUCCCAGAGAUGGAGCUCAUGCAUGUCGGCGCCAAGCGAAAAAGAGGAGCAUGUGUACAGUUCCAUUAAGAGACAUCCUUCCUUUAACUCUCCGUCUUUGCCCUCCUCAAAGUCUGCCCCAUCCGGUCAUUGUCAGUCAGUCAGCUCUCUGGGCAGCCAGCAGCAGGAGAAGAACCAGUCUGGACUCAAAUGUAAUGGACCCUCUGCGGAUCGAUCCACAGACAGACUCCAUGGCCCCAGUCUGGGUCGUGCUGGUCGGCAGAGUAGCCUUCCAGAGCGCUCUAACCAGGGACAGUCAGACCUCACUUUACAAGAUGGUCAACAGGUGGUGGUCCUAAACCGGGCUUCUGCACUGAGCAUACUCAGUGCCACCCAGAACUACCUGGCUAAUUUUAAGGACAAUGGAGAAGAUGAUGAUGACUAUGUAGAGAUCCGCUCAGAGGACGAGAGCGAGCAGGAACAGGACAGGUUGGCACAGGGAAAUGGCAGCUCGGCAGUCCUUUCAAAUCAGAACCGGGGUCUCGUCCACUCCCAGAGUCUGCCAUGCACACCGGUGCGCUCCUGCGUCCCGCUAAGGUCUCUGGACCGUGAGCAGCUGGAGAAGUACCUGUGGAGCGAGCCGCAGCAGAGCCAACCCAAAAUUGUCCAGUCUCUGAGGGAGAAGUUUCAGUGUCUGAGCUCCAGUAGCUUUGCCUGAGUCUAUAGGACAACUAAAAGCCAAAUAUAUAAAUAUAAACAUACAGAAUAUAGCAACAAAAGGGACACAGCUGCUUUGCCUUGAAUGCCCUACAUCAUUAAACAUCAUAGUCCACAAACAAAAAGAAAUAUUACACGAACAUAACACAUUUCGCAAAAUAGAUCUGACGCAAUUUCUUUAAUUGCUGACAUAUUUGGAACAACUUAUGUGAACACCUAAACUCUCUGUUACAGGGCUUCAGUGUAAAAUACAUGAUGGGUUACUAUUUUUAGUCAAAAUGCCACAUCACGGCCUGCAUGUGAGCUGCCUUAGCACUUCAACAAACUUCAAACUGCCUUCUCAUGUAUGUUUCAAAGAGAGGAAAGUUUAGCAUUCAGUGCAGCUGAAUGGGUUUUAAUAUAAAAAGGGAUUCAAACUCCUUUAUUGCUUUACAUGUCAGCCUUGUAGAGAUAAUUGGAGUCGUAGGAUUUGAUUUUGCUGGAGGAUUUGUGCCAAUAAACUACUGUAGAGAUACAAUAGUUCAGGAUUACAGAUUGUAUGCCCAACAUCUCAAAACAAAGCACAGCCAUCAAAACUCUAAAAAACAAUCUUGGAUCUUGACUCAACAUGUCAGGAGUACCUCUUCAAGCUCUUUUAUUUUGCUGUUAAGGUUAUUUUAACUGCAUUUCCAGCACUAGUUCAUCUUAACCUUUAUAGGAGUGGUUAACCACAGCGGUGGAUAGUGUUUUUAAUUGUGCUUACACUAUCAAACAGUUGUGAAUAAGCAGCAGUUAAAAAAUUGCAGGCUAGAUUGUCACUUUUAACAGCUUUUUAGCAAUAAUUGUAACAACAAGGAUGCAACUGUAAAAACAAACAAACAUGUUGGCUAUUACAAGAUCCAAUAGGUUAAGUAUAACUAGACUUAGACCUGUAAGUCUAAAUGAAGUUAAUGUAUUUCCCUCUACCUACCACCUUUGUCAUCAAUAGGGUAUCGUACCAAAAUCAAGACAAAAUGCUGAUAUUUUAGAUAAUCUAUAAGAAACCAUAGAACUUCAUAUUUAUUUUGAAUCUGUGAGUAAAUCAGAGAUGUUUUUACUUGUUAUGGUCUGGGGGCAUCCAUCAUGUAGAGUGAAAUGUGCAUCUCAAGAAGUGGAUGAUGUUUUUAUUAUUUUUUAAUCAUACUUACCGUAAGCUUUGGUUUUCAGAGGGACCACGAAGGAGAGCAUUAAGGAGAGAUAGUUAAAAGACUACAGUACUGUAUUUGGUGUAUUUUUUUCUUCCAAAUGAAUAGUCAACUCUUUGUUUUCUUUGUUUACGUUAUGGGACACUGUCACACUACUGAUACUGCAUCCACAGUCACAGAAAGAGGGUCAAUGUCAGAUAGUUGUGAGUCACUUCAAUAAGGUUGUUUUCUCUCCCCUUGAAGCAUACCCAGGAUUUACCGCACACUUGUUGAAGCUGUCUUUACAAAAAUCACAAAAUGUGUCCUAUGUAUUUGAAAGCACCCCUUUUAUUUUGGCCCUUAUCACUAUUUCUUCAAGCCACAGACAUGUUGUAAAAUAAAGUAAAAUUUAUUUUAAUUUAUUAAAAGAUUGUUUUAUUUAGAUUCUGGGACACAGACAAUAUUUGAAUCAGAUACUGUGAAUGUUUUUCAGAAGUGGGUUUUCUAUCACGCACUGCUUAAGACAAGUUCCAAAUCACAAUACCACGGGAAAAGUUUAAAAGCACAAUAUCUUGGCCUACUGUUCAUAUGAGGAAAUGUGCAUCACAAGCAAGUUAGGAAUAUGAAGUAUGUUGGGGUUUUUUUGUACAUUUUUGUCCUCUGUUUCACUGGUGGGGAUCAUCGGUCUUCAUUGACUCUGUUUUGCACUUUUCUGUCUUUUUUAUGUUUUAUCUGUAAACACUUUGUAAAGAUGUACAUUUUAGGAAGGUUAUUCUUGUAUGCCAUAGGUAUGCUUUAUAAUACUUUAAUGUAUAAGUUAAGUGUACUGUAUUUUCUUAACUGCCUAGUUGUCAUUGCUGAACAAUGUAUUGGAGGUAAUAAAUUCAGAUUAAACUCA